AUGACCGUAUCAUUUGAAACAAUUUAUCAGUUUCACAAGAGACACCACAGUUCUCCCACGCAGGUUUGCUGCCUGGGCUGCCUGUCCUUGGUGCCGGGCUUCCUUCGCAGAGUGGUGAACAACGUCGCAUUUUUCCCACCGCGACCGCCUGGCUACCACGUCACGGAGGACAGACAGGUGUUCCUGGUGGAAUUGGACUAUGGCCUCGCACCGUUGCCCGACUUGGCUUCUGAGGGCAUUGUGGUGGACACGGUGCGCAUGUGGACGCGGAGAGGUAACGUGAUCCUCGGUUUUCAUUUCAAGCGCGCUGACUCCAACCGGACGCUUUUGUUCAGCCACGGAAACAGCACCGAUAUCGGCAUCAUGUUCCAUCAUCUUAGGGAACUUUGCUCAAUGCUGCAUUGUGACGUGUUUGCAUACGAAUACAGCGGCUAUGGUGAGAGCACCGGUGUUCCCACUGAGGCGGACAUUUAUGCCGACAUCGAAGCAGCGUAUCACUAUCUGUCGAACGAUUGCAGCUUAGCAGAUGACCAGAUUGUUUGCUAUGGCCAAUCCAUUGGCAGCGUACCAUCAGUCGAGCUUGCCUCGCGGGUAUCUGUGGGUGGUCUUAUUUUGCAUAGUGCCAUGAAGAGUGGCCUUAGUGUGAUCCACAAUGUCAAGACCACCUACUGGUUUGAUGUCUUUCAGAACGCCACACGGAUCAAAAAGGUCACGUCACCGGUGUUCAUUAUCCACGGCACCCAUGAUGCUGAGAUUCCAUUUGAGCAUGGAACUGCGCUGUGGGAUGCUUGUCCUGAAGAUAUCGCCUACGAUCCUUGGUGGGUCCAAGAAGCAGGGCACAACGACAUUGAGAUGACCCACAGGCAAGAGUAUUUCGAGAAACUACAAGCGUUUCUGAAAGCUUUAGAUCGGCCAGAGAGGCUCAAACGAAGCGCUUUGUGUCUCACAGCCUUUGGUCUUGCCCCCGUAGAGUAUCUAAAUCUCAUAGUUUCAUCCUUACACUGA